CCACCCAGUUUUAAGUUUCAAACAGAGAGAAGAAGGACGGAAAGAGAAACAGCCUGAAAGUCCCUCUGCUGAAAGCCCCGUUUGCGAUGGCGUCCCUGCUGCUCCUCCUGCUCUCCUUCCUCCUGGGUUUGGCUGAUGUUCAUGGGGAAAACUUCCGGAUCUGUGCCUUCAAUCUUCAUAAUUUUGGGAACUCCAAAGCCAAUAAGGAAGCUGUUAUGACUAUUCUAGCUAAGAUUAUUAGCCGCUGUGACGUGUGUUUGCUGCAGGAGGUCAGAGACAGUAAAGGGACGGCUCUACCAAAGCUGCUUCAAGCUAUAAGAAGGUAUGACACCAGGAACCAGUAUACAUUGUUGGCCAGUGAGAGGCUGGGCAGGUCAGAGUCCUACCAGGAGCAGUACGUGUUCAUCUACAGGAGCAACACUGCGACGGUCAGAGAUCAGUAUCAGUACCCAGAUGAUCUACCAGGAGAUGAAGACGCCUUCUCCAGAGAACCUUUUGUUGUUCGCUUCAGAGCCCCAAAGACAUAUAUAAAGGAGUUUGCCCUCAUCCCUCAACACACCACUCCGUCUAACGCCACCAAGGAGCUGGAUGCUCUCUAUGAUGUUCUGCAGAAAGUACGAAAGAUCUGGAAAAUCGAGAACGUGAUGCUGCUGGGAGACUUCAAUGCCGACUGCGAUUACCUCCCCAAGAAGAACAGGAAACAUGUUCGCCUGCUGACGGACAGCAGCCUCCAUUGGCUGAUAGCAGAUCACAGUGACACCACCGUUCGCCUGAGCACAUCCUGCUCCUAUGACAGGAUUGUUGUUCACGGAGAAACGUUUAACAAAGCGGUUGUUCCUUCUUCAGCCAAACCCUUUAACUUCCAACAGGAGUACAGCCUGACAGAGGAACAGGCGCUGGAUGUGAGCGACCAUUACCCAGUGGAGGUCCUUCUGAAGGUCACUGGUUCCAGUGCCUUUAAUGGGAUCGUCUCCUUCACCAGUUACUGCACAGUGUUUCAUAGUUUCAGCUUUUUAAUCUUUCAUGUCUUAUUAUAGUAUCUAAAGAAUGAAUAAAUAGUCUGAGAUGUUUGUUUUUUUUUUUUUUACCUCUGAAGGAAUUUCAGGAAAGCUAAACCAAUUCUUCAUUAAACUAAAGCACCUUUUUUAAAACAACUUUUUUACUUUAGAAAAUGAUAGUGAAAAAAUAAUUAUUUCAUUAUUACAAAGUCACUUUAAAUUCACUAAGAUUGCGUAAAGUAUUUAUCUAAAACAAUCUGCUGAUCAUGUAAAAAAUAAAUGUUCUGCUGAUAUAUAUAUAUGGGUUUUAUAUUUCAUGUUCUUUGACAAUCAUGCAAGUUUUGUCACUUUUAUUAUACAAGUUUUCACAAAUGAAGCACUCUUAUUGCCUAAGCACUCUUAUUAUCUAAGUUUCUGUUUCCCUGAGAGCAUGAUAUCAUUUAUUUUUGUACUCACGAGCUCUCUGUGCCAGGCUCUGACCUUGAUGUAAUUUGUUUUUGGUUUCACGCCGGAAACAUAUUUUGGUUUCUGUAAUCAUGCGCUCCAGGCGUGAGAGGGAGCAAUCAUUUUCCUGAUUGGGUCAAAGAUUUUCCGUUGAAGUUUGGCAUAAAGGACGGGUGGUGGUUGGCACUGGCAGAGUCUGCUAGGGUUGCGUACGAACGCCUAGCUGCGCGGGUUGCUGCCUUGCCAGGGUCGACUGGCUCUCCGAUCCUUUGUGUCACGUUAAGAUGGACAAUAUAAUUUGUAUUCAUCACCGUGCCUUAGUUGAUGUGCUUGCUUUGCUGUCCUCUGUGGUGGAAUAAAACGACACAUUUUACUCUAGCAGA